UGUAGGCAAAUAUUUACCAACACCAAAUAAAUAAUUGCACAUUUCGCCAAUUGUUUGAUCGCUUUUUAAACUAUUACUGUAUUAAAAUGGUGCUGAUAAUGCCCGUUUCGCCACCAGAGUACGGCCUUAUGUACACGGCCAACAACAUCAAACUUAAACUCGGCGACAAAGUCGUCGGCGAGGGCACCAUUUACAUAGCCCAAAACACGCUCUCCUGGCAGCCAAGCGAUCUGGCCGAGGGCAUUUCCAUCGAGUGGAAGCAGGUCAGUCUUCACGGGAUCUCCUCAAACCCACGGAAAUGCAUAUACUUCAUGCUGGACCACAAGGUGGAGUGGAGCGGCGUCUACGGCGAUCCGCCGCAGCCGGCGGUUAAUGGCCAGAACGGAGCUGGAGCUGGAGUCGGUAAUGACGCCGAGGUGGAUGAGGGCAAUGGCAGCGACGAGCACGACGAGGAGGACAAUUUCGAGGACGCCGUUGACGAGCAGCUUGAGGAGGUGACAGAGUGCUGGCUGCUGCCGGACGACAUUCACACGGUGGACACCAUGUAUAGCGCCAUGACCACUUGUCAGGCGCUGCAUCCAGACUCGGCGGACAGCGACUCGGAGGACAGUGACCCCAUGGAGGAUGCCGGCGGUAUGGACGACGAGGAUAUGGAGCAGGAUGCCCUCACACUGGGCCGCAACGGUGGCGAGGUGGGCGGCAUGCAGAACCUCAGCCUGGACGACGACGACGAGCGAUUCGAGGACGCCGAUGAGUGAAGCCACCAUCACCACUACCACCUACUUAUUAACGGAAACUUUUAUACCAGCUUAAGUCUACGAAUUGUGAAGAUACAUAUGUAUUUGAUUAGCUUUUGGAAUACUAUAUAAAAACGCUGUAAGCGCGCUUAAAAACUGAA